AUGGCACGCCCAAGCGCCGACCCUGUACAGGCAACGACAAACGGCGACUCUCAUCCCGCGAGGAUCGGUCCUCACCCCGGCUUCAUCUCCAGCUCGAACCAAUACAGCUCCGAAAUCAAGAUUCGCCGCAUGCUUAAGGACAAUGACUGCGAUCCUGCACGAGAGGACAAUUACCGCCUUCAGGGCGUCCAGCUGAUUGAAAGCGUGAGGGAAAGUCUGCAGCUCCCUGUUCGAACCUUUGAUACGGCAUGCACCUACUACCACAAGUUUCGAUUAAACUUUCGUGCUCUCGAGUACAGCUACUCAGACGCGGCCCUGGCUUCAUUAUUUGUUGCAUGCAAAGUAGAGGAUACCAUAAAAAAAUCCAAGGACAUACUGGCUGCUUCGCAUAAUCUGAAGAACCCCGAAAAGACGCUCGCCCCCGACGACAAGAUGUUCGAUUCACCGGGGAAAACCAUCAUCGGGCUGGAGCGGCUCAUCCUCGAGACGAUAGGCUUCGACUUCCGCACACGAUACCCCCAGAAGCUCCUCGUCAAGGUGGUUCGGCGAGUGCUGGGCAAGUCAUCCGCCAACUCGCGCGACUUUUUCGCCACCGCAUACGCCAUGUGCAUCGACAUGUACAAGACCUUCGUGCCCAUCAAGCGGACUACCUUCUCCAUGGUCAUGGCCGUCGUCGAGCUGACGGCGCGCAUGCGCGACGAGCAUCUUGACCGGGUUCAGGAGUUCGCGGCCAGCAGGCGGCAGUAUCACCGAGAUGCCGUCAUGGAGACAAUGCUCGACCUGCUCGAUCUGUAUGUGCAGCAUCACAAGUCGACCAAGAUUGGCGCCCAGGUCGACCUCAGCAAGUUCAUCAAUAUCAAAAUCCGUCUCAACACCGACUUGGACAGCACCGCCAAGCCGAGGCACUUGUACCAUUGCCACAGAUGCGAGGUUGAACAGGCGCACCCACUCUCGACCACGACGGCAUCGGCUACAGACCCUGCGAAUGCUUCAAACCACUGGCCCGUGGAUGCAUCUAUCCGGCGGACGGCACGCGGUCAGGACGGCACCAUGCGGUUCGUGUUUGACCCAGAGGCGGCGAAGAAUGAGCAGGAGACGGUGAGCCACUUCUUCAAGGAUGAGUACGAAGAGUAUGAAGUUGAAGUCGAGGAACCUGUACCACCGCCGGACAGAGACGAGGGCUUGCGGGCAAGGGGAGGAUACAGCGGCGGCUACAGAGAUAGGGGCGAUCAUCGGCGCGGCGGACCGUAUGGCGGCUAUCGCGGAGACCGGUAUCACAGGGGACGGGGGCGAUAUCACUAA